GAUUGGAAAAAAGAUUAGAACAAAUUGAAGCUCACUUAGCCAAAUUUGCCAGAAAAGAUACCAAAGGCGCCAAAACACCUCAGCGUCAACGCUCGGAUGGUCAUUCUAAUAAGUCCUUAAACUCCAAAAUUAAUAAUGGAUCCAAGCCUUAUAAGGUAAAUCAGGAUAAUAAUUCACCAUCUACCUGUAAUGUCUCAUCAGAGAAAGGUAGUCAAGGCAGGAUUGGCCCAAUGGCCAAUGGAUCUAAUGGAU